AGGCAGAAAAACGACCAUGCUGUCCCUCCUGCCGCUUCGCUUGCCGUCCCCCGUAGCCAGCACGCUCCCAGCCGCCGCCUGCCUCCUCCCCGGCCUCCCCAGGAUUCCCAUCCUCCGAGCCCCACCGCGAGCCGGCAUGAGCGCGGCCGCCUCCACGCCGGACGCAGCUCCGUCCGCCGCCGCCGUCGGCGAGGAACCGAGGAAGGAGGCCGAGGACGUGGUGGUGCAGUACGUGGUGCUGCGGCGCGACCUGGCGGACGCGUGGCCGCUGGGGAGCGUGGUGGCGCAGGGGUGCCACGCCGCCGUGGCCGCCGUCUGGGCCCACCGCGACCACCCGGACACCGCCGCCUACUGCGCGCCCGGCAACCUCGACAGCAUGCACAAGGUAACAUUGGAGGUGAAAGGGGAGAUACAGCUGAAGAACUUGGCUGAGAAACUAGAAGCAGCUGGUGUCCGGCACAAGCUGUGGAUAGAGCAGCCCGAGAACAUCCCGACUUGCAUAGCCACAGCACCCUGCCCAAAGUCACAAGUUGCUUCGUUCUUCAGGAAGCUAAAACUUUGCAAAUGAUUUAAGAAUAAUACCUAUCCAGGAUGCUGGUCUUGUUGUCGUGGUAUGGCAUUAGUAGGAUGCUGGUCUUGUUGUCGUGGUAUGACAUUAGUAGCUUUGGUGCAUUGAAGUCACACAUUUUGGUCCCAUGUUAUUGGUGAUACCUGUUUCAGUCUUUCAUCAAUUGAUUGUUCCUGUUUAAGAAAGGAUGUACUCGUAUUGGUAUGACAAAUAAGUUUUGUGUUGGAUCCA